AGCCAAAACCACACUCCCUCAAAUUAACUACAAUUGCUCUCUAGAGAUGGCAAAUCUCAGCAAUGGCCUCUGCCAUAUAAACUCCUUUGUCAACAUUCCAACAGUGAAGUUUACAAAGCUUUUCAUCAAUGGAGAAUUCGUGGAUUCAGUUUCAGGAAAAACGUUUGAGACAGUUGAUCCAAGAACAGAGGAAGUGAUUACAGAGAUAGCAGAGGCUACCAAAGAAGAUGUUGAUAUUGCUGUGAAGGCUGCACGUAAAGCAUUCGAUUCUGGUUCAUGGCCACGCAUGACUGGUGCUGGGAGAGCAAAGAUUAUGCUGAAGUGGGCAGAGCUAAUAGAACAGAACAUAGAAGAAUUAGCAGCAUUGGACACCAUUGAUGGUGGGAAGCUAUACAGUUGGUGUAAGGCUGUGGACAUUCCUGAAGCCGCCAACCUCCUGCGUUACUAUGCUGGUGCUGCUGAUAAAAUCCAUGGAGAUGUGUGCAAAACUUCCAGGGACCUCCACUUGUAUACUUUAAUGGAACCGGUUGGUGUAGUUGGACACAUUAUUCCUUGGAAUUUCCCCACCAUCAUGUUCUUUGGUAAGGUCAGCCCUGCCUUAGCUGCUGGCUGCACCGUGAUCCUCAAGCCUGCUGAGCAAACACCACUCUCAGCACUCUUCUAUGCUCAUCUUGCAAAGCAGGCUGGUAUCCCAGAUGGAGUGCUCAAUGUAGUACCCGGAUUUGGUUCAAUUGCUGGAGCUGCAAUUACCUCACAUAUGGACAUUGAUGCUGUCAGUUUUACAGGUUCAUCAGAAACAGGUCGUCAAGUAAUGAUGGCUGCAGCCAUGAGCAAUUUGAAACCUGUUUCGCUCGAAUUAGGAGGCAAGUCACCGGUCUUGAUUUUCGAUGAUGCUGAUGUAGACAAAGCUGUUGAACUUGCUCUCUUUGGCAUCCUGCACAACAAGGGAGAAGUCUGUGUUGCAUUCUCCAGAGUUUUUGUCCAGGAAGGGAUUUAUGAUGAGUUUGAGAAGAAGGUGGUGGAGAAGGCAAAAACUUGGGUAGUGGGAGACCCUUUUGAUCCUAAAGUUCAGCAAGGCCCCCAAACUAGUAAGGCACAAUUUGAUAAAAUCCUUUCCUAUAUUGAGCAUGGAGUGAAUGAAGGAGCCACACUGUUGACUGGGGGCAAGACAGUGGGAAACAAGGGAUACUAUAUUGGACCUACUAUCUUUUCCAAUGUUAAGGAGGACAUGGUGAUAGCAAAAGAUGAAAUAUUUGGACCUGUGAUGGUACUUUCUAAGUUCAAGAUCAUUGAGGAAGCAAUUGAAAAAGCUAACAGCACAAGAUACGGCCUAGCAGCAGGGAUUGUGACCAAGAACUUGGACAUUGCCAACACUGUCUCGAGGUCGAUCCGUGCCGGCAUCAUUUGGAUCAACUGCUUCUUUGCCUUUGACAUUGACUGCCCUUUUGGAGGGUAUAAGAUGAGUGGAUUUGGAAGAGAUUAUGGACUGGAAGCACUUCACAAGUAUCUUCAAGUUAAAUCAGUUGCAACUCCAAUUUACAAUUCACCAUGGCUUUGAAAGUUUCAUAUGUUUUUGUAAACACUAAACAUAAAAGUGUCUUUCACUGCUUAAGUUUUUUUCCCUCUCUUCUGGAUUCUGAAUAAUAAAAGUUUUUGGCGUUAUCUGGUAAUAAUAGUGUAUACAAGUCCUUUAAGAAGUUAAACAACUCACAUGAAUAACUUAAACAAUUAAGUCCUUUAAGAAGUUGACUAAUAUAUGAUGCUAUUCGAUUUUUUCCCCCAUUUGUUUCAUGGUAUGGUUUUCAGGGCUCAAGGGCUGCUCUAAAAAUUGCUGUACAGAACGUUAGAGUAAACGCAAACGUGAUUUUACGAAUCUCAAUUGAACCAUACAUACAUACAUACAAGUAUACAGCAACAGAGAACAGAGAAAAGAAGAAAGAGACUUGUUCUCCAAAGGAGAUGUAUCAAAGAAUAAUAUUG